CAGGAAGACAGACAUGUUUUUCAAGCUGCCCGAGGAGCUUCCGAAUCUUGCUACUCGUCGACAGAACAACGCGGACUGGGACCGAGUCCUCCGCGCGCGGUUAACCGCCGUCGGACCGCUUUCCUCUCGCUUUGGAGGGCUUUUCGUGCGGUGAAGUGCGGGCGGGAGCGUUCUUGGAAGAGAGAGAGGGACUGCGAGGGAAGAGAUGUGGCACCGGGGCCGAGUUAACUGACUCGUCGACAUGGAAGGAGAACUGGUGUCUGUCCGGCACGGCGCGCUCCCGGCCCGCGCGCUCCACUAACCGUAACUCUGUAACUCAGUAAUAAAACACACAGUUCACCACAACUAACUGCAACUAACUCAAACUAACUAAUUUGACUAACUUAGCAUCUGUCACGCGUGACGGAGAAACGCGUUUUUCUUUUUUUUUUCGGAAGGCUCAACUUUGCGAAUCUUGUGUGAAAACUCAGCGCGAGUCGAAGCGGCUCCGUCCGCCGUUUUUUCCUUUUUCUUUUUCCUUCCUUCUUCAGCUGGAGUUAAAGAAGGACUUUCAGUCACGAAUAUCCCGGACAGCGGCUAAAGACGCUGGCAGAAAGGCGAGCUGGAUGUUUAAUGCGACUUUAACUUGGGAAUUUGUUUUUAUGAGUAUUUUCGGCGCGUGUCGAUGCGGAGGCCCGCGGCUAGCUGAGGAAAACGCGCCCUCGCCACCACGGCCUGCCCGCCGCCGGCCUUUUACUCCUUUUUUAGUUUUUCUUUUAAAACUUUAGUUUUAUUAUCGCGAACCUCGACGUGAGCGCAGACAUGUCGGCCGUGGAGAGUCUGGAGGCUCGUUUUGGGAAGAUCGAUGCUAUGUUGAAGGAUCCCAAGUCCGAGAUAAACACAGACUGCCUUCUGGAUGGCUUGGACGCUCUGGUGUAUGAUUUGGACUUCCCAGCGCUGAGGAAAAACAAAAGCAUUGACAAUUUCUUGAACAGAUACAAAGACACCAUCAAUAAGAUCCGGGACCUUCGCAUGAAAGCAGAGGACUACGAGGUGGUGAAAGUCAUCGGCAGGGGGGCAUUUGGAGAGGUGCAGCUAGUCCGACACAAAGCCACACGGAAGGUUUAUGCUAUGAAGCUGCUCAGCAAGUUUGAGAUGAUCAAGAGGUCGGACUCUGCUUUCUUCUGGGAAGAGAGGGACAUCAUGGCCUUUGCCAACAGCUCCUGGGUGGUACAGCUCUUUUACGCGUUCCAGGACGACCGCUACCUCUACAUGGUGAUGGAGUAUAUGCCCGGUGGCGACUUGGUUAACCUCAUGAGUAAUUACGAUGUGCCAGAGAAGUGGGCUCGCUUCUACACGGCCGAGGUUGUCCUGGCACUAGAUGGGAUCCACUCAAUGGGCUUCAUCCACAGAGAUGUGAAGCCUGAUAACAUGUUGCUUGACAAGACGGGUCACUUGAAGCUGGCGGACUUUGGGACCUGCAUGAAGAUGAAUAAGGAUGGAAUGGUACGAUGUGACACAGCGGUAGGAACUCCUGACUACAUUUCGCCGGAGGUACUGAAAUCCCAAGGAGGAGAUGGAUACUAUGGCCGAGAGUGUGACUGGUGGUCUGUUGGGGUCUUCUUGUAUGAAAUGCUUGUUGGAGACACACCGUUUUAUGCCGACUCUCUGGUGGGAACCUAUAGCAAGAUCAUGAAUCACAAGAAUGCCCUGACAUUCCCAGAAGACAGUGAAAUCUCAAAAGAUGCUAAGAACCUAAUUUGCGCUUUCUUGACGGACAGGGAGGUCCGCCUGGGCCGUAAUGGUGUAGAUGAGAUCAAACGACAUCCUUUUUUCAAGAACGACCAGUGGACCUGGGACAACAUCCGGGAGACUGCUGCCCCGGUGGUCCCAGAACUCAGCAGUGACAUUGACACCAGCAACUUUGAUGACAUCGAGGAGGACCGUGGAGAGGAGGAGACCUUCCCAAUCCCAAAGGCUUUUGUUGGCAAUCAGUUGCCAUUUGUGGGCUUCACCUACUACAGCAACCACCAGUUCUCCCGUGGCUCCAGUAUCAAGACCAGCGAUAAGCGCAGCAGCUCCAUAAAGGAGGAGAAGAGCCACCUUGAGAAUCUGCAGAAGAGGGUGUAUCAGUUGGAGGAGCAACUACACAGCGAGAUGCAGCUGAAGGAUGAGAUGGAGCAAAAGUGCAGGGCCUCAAGCACAAAGCUGGAGAAGAUCAUGAAGGAGCUGGAUGAAGAGGCAAAUCUACGGAAGAGCGCAGAGAUUACAGCGUCACAGCUACAAAAGGAGAAAAUCGUGAUCCAGCACCAGGCAACCGAUUUCCAGAGGAAGUCGGAGCAGGAAGCAGAGAAGAGACGAAACUUGGAGAAUGAAGUGUCAACUUUGAAAGAGCAGCUGGAAAGCAUGAGGAUUGUCAGCCAGAAUUCCCAGGCGUCCAAUGACAAGAUCUCUCAGUUGCAGAAACAACUGGAAGAGGCUUACAAUCUGCUUCGGGUAGAGUCGGACACUGCAGCACGCCUGCGCAAGAGCCACACAGAAAUGGCUAAGUCUGUAAGCCAUCUUGAGAGCCUGAAUCGUGAGCUGGAAGAGAGGAGCCGGGCAGCAGACAACACCAAACUGCAGCUGGAGAAGGAGCUACUGCAGCUGCAGUCUGCCCUGGACUCAGAGAAGAGGAACUAUAGCCAGGGUUCCGAGGAGCUCCGUGAGCUGCAGGCACUUACAGCCAGCCUGCAAGAGGAUAUCCGGAGUUUAAAAGCUACCCUGUCUAAGGCAGAGGGGGAACGGAAGCAGGCACAGGAGCGCUGCAACAGCCUAGAGAAGGAGAAGAACAGCCUAGAAAUUGACUUGAACUACAAGCUGAAGACCCUGCAGCAACGGCUGGACCAAGAGGUGACCGAGCACAGAGUCACCAGGGCACAACUCACUGACAAGUAUGAGUCCAUCGAGGAGGCAAAGUCAGCUGCCAUGCAUGUGGUGGAGCAGAAGGUAUCAGAGGAGAGUGUGGCUCGUAUGCGGGCAGAGAGUCGUGUGGUUGAGGUGGAGAAGCAGUGCUCUAUGUUGGAGUUGGACCUCAAACAGUCCGUGCAAAAAAUGGAACAGCUGAUGAAGCAGAAGGAACGGCUGGAGGAUGAGGUGAAGAGCCUGCGAAUGCAGCUGGAGCAGGAGUCCAGCAAGAGGGCACAGGCCCAGAGUGAGCUGAGGUCACGGGUGAUGGAGGCUGACCGCCUUGUGACCUCAGAGAAGCAACUCAAACAAGAGAUCAAUGUGGCCCUGGAGAACAAGCGUAUGCUGGAAUUCCAGUUGGCCCAGCUCACAAAGCAGUACAGGGGUAACGAGGGACAGAUGAGAGAGCUGCAGGACCAGCUGGAGGCUGAGCAGUAUUUCUCUACGUUAUACAAGACUCAGGUGAAGGAGUUAAAGGAGGAGAUAGAAGAGAAGAACCGACAGAUCCAGGACGCCCACAGAAAGAUACAGGAUCUCCACAGUGAAAGGGAAUCCCUUUCCGCACAGUUGGAUUUGACGGUGACAAAGGCAGAGUCGGAGCAGCUUGCGCGGGCUCUGCAGGAGGAGCAGUAUGUGGAGCUAAGCCAGGAAAGCAAAAAGGCAGCAGCGCGCCACAAGCAGGAGUGCAGUGAGAAGGAUGGCACUAUUGCUCAGCUCGAGGAAUCUAACAAAACUUUGACCAAAGACGUUGAGAACCUCAGCAGAGAGAAGGCAGAACUCGACCAGAAGCUGCAUGCACAGGAAGAGGAGUUUGUGAGCGAGAAGGAGGAGCUUUCAAAUUCAAUUAAAGCGCACUAUGAGAAGAUGCUGAACACAGAGCGUACACUCAAGACUCAGGCUGUGAACAAACUGGCCGAGAUUAUGAACCGCAAGGACAUGAAGCUGGACCAGAAAAAGAAGGCUAGCACAGCAGACCUGCGCAAGAAGGAGAAGGAAAACCGUAAGCUGCAGCUGGAGCUCAACCAGGAGAAGGACAAAUUCAACCAUAUGGCCAUCAAGUACCAGAAGGAAUUGAGCGAAAUGCAGGCACAACUGGCAGAGGAGAGCACGUACCGCACAGAAUUACAGAUGCAGUUGGACAGCAAAGAGAGCGACAUCGAACAGCUGCGUGAGAAGCUGAAUGAUCUCCAGCUGCGUAUGGACAACUCUAGUGUGACAAGCCUGCAGCCUGAUGAGACGGAUGGUAAUAUUGCAGAAUCAAGGAUGGAAGGGUGGUUGUCAAUACCUAAUCGAGCUAACAUAAAACGAUAUGGCUGGAAGAAACAGUAUGUGGUGGUCAGCAGCAAGAAGAUCCUGUUCUACAAUGAUGAGCAGGACAAGGAGCAAUCUAACCCCUCUAUGGUACUAGAUAUUGACAAACUUUUCCAUGUGCGUCCAGUUACCCAAGGUGAUGUGUACCGAGCUGAAUUGGAUGAGAUCCCACGAAUAUUCCAGAUCCUGUAUGCUAAUGAAGGUGAGAGUAGGAAGGAGGCAGAUGUAGAGUCAGCCCCCCAGGGUGAUAAGUCCAAUUGUCUACCACACAAAGGCCAUGAGUUCAUCCCCACACUUUACCACUUCCCCACCAACUGUGAGGCCUGUGCAAAGCCACUGUGGCACGUGUUCAAGCCCCCACCAGCACUUGAGUGUCGUCGCUGCCAUGUCAAGUGCCACAAGGACCACCUGGACAGGAAGGAGGAGGUCAUCACCCCCUGCAAAGUGAACUACGACGUGACCUCAGCUCGUGAUAUGCUGCUGCUGGCGCUCUCACAGGAUGAGCAGAAGAAGUGGAUCGGCCACCUGGGCAAGAAGAUCCCAAAGACGCCACCUUCUUCCUUCACAAGGGCCUCGCCCCGCACCAUGUCUACACGCUCUGUAGCAAACCAGUCCUUCCGCAAGAACCCCAAAAGUAUCACGGGCAAGCCCAGGUUCAGCGAGGCAGUGUCCACCUAUUGGAGCUGAAACCAGCCAGGAAAUCAUUGUGACCCUCAAGCCACAUUGGUGGCCUCGACCCCAGCAAGCCGUUUCCUCUCACCCCACAGGAGUCAGUCACCACACAGUGGCACCUGCUCCUUGUAUCUUCCUCUUGGCCUCGCCCCAGCUUGGAAUGAUCUGCUUUUUUUCUCCUGUGUUGUAGCAGAGCGAUGUCCGGUUUUGAAGCAGCGGAGCCCACUUCCAGCACGUGCUGACCUCACACCCCUCCAGACCUAGUUUUGAAGAAGCCCUCAUUUAGUUUUUUUCUUCCAUCAGUUCUUCCCCCAUUUGGGUGGUAGAUGCAUUGUUAUCUGUUUGUUUGAUAGGACUGUCUCGUCAACUUAUCGCUGCUCCAUGAAAAUGAGCUUCCCCUGAGUUACGGCCGAUAUGUGACUUGUUGAGCAGCCAUCUUUUCAGAUAAUCUGUGAAAUGAAUGUCUGCAGUGCAAGGCUUUGCUUAGAUUAUAUUUAGCGAUUUGAAACUGCUGUAACUGAGUCAGGUUACUUAACCGGCACCCCACCUGGUAGCAUCUCACUAUUUGGAAGGUCACAUUGCAUCAUGGCAGAGAAUAUGGUGUAUUGGUUGAAUCAGUCGUCUUUUGCUUUGACCUCACUGAAUGUUCAGGUUUCUUGACUUGUUAUGCUUCAGGAAGAGGUGAACUUUUGUCGCUCAAAGCAUUGUGCUUUGUGAACUUAAGGUCAGGUCUCUGUUCUCUAUUUUCAGGGAGUACCUUAAUUUGUAAUUUUUAUUAAACUGCCUAGAAAUUGUUUUAAUUUUCCCCAUCGUGAAAACUUCAGCUAUUUAAGUACAGCACUCCCUUAAAAUGCAAGCUGACAAUUUUAUUGCAUAGCGUAGUGCAUUUAGGGCCAGGUUUUUCUUUUCAAAGAUCCAAAUAGUUUCACUCGUGAUAUGACCCAAUUUUUCUGACUAAAUUAUGUAACAGGCAUUAUGCCUUAAUUUUCUUAGUUUCAACCAAUUACUAAAUUUUUAUGUGUAUGUAGAAUGUGUGGCACUAUGCUGUUAAGCUUGUGUUGCAGUUUUUUUGUAUCCUAGCCAUUGCAUAAUUAGGGAACACUGAUUUUUAAUUUUACAUUGCAUAGGUCUCUCUGUGUUUGAAGAACUCUUAAGAUGUCACCUGUCUUUCUAACAUAGAGGCACUUUCCUCUAACAUCAUAACCCUUGGGGAAACUAACAAAAUGGACAAGGCGGAUCUUCACCCUGUUAUCUCUUGUUUUCUCUCUUCCCUUCCAGCUAAUCAUCUGCAAAGUUGGAUUUUGUUGGGACUUAUAUUUCCCGCUCCUCCAAGAACGUUGCGUAUCUUCUCCAAAAAAAGAUUUAAAAGAAAUGGGAAUUUUUAAAAAAAGAAAAGAAAAAAAAAAAAUCAAUGGGUGCUGAAAAUUUGGACUUGUCCUACAAGAGGAAUCACGUGGUUAGUGUUUGCUUGGAUGCCAUGUUAUGAACUCAGUUUUGUAAGAAGAGGAGUAAUUUUCUUUUCUUUUUUAAGGAUUUUUUUGCCCCACCCACAGCUCCCCCCC